GAAAAAUCUGUACAUAUACAUGUACAUGAACUACAUAUUAUAGAAUAACUACUCAAUAUUUGAAAUCUAUAAAUAGAUCCCACGCAUUUAAGAAAGAAAUCAUAUUGAAUAACACUUCUACUUUCCCACACUGAAACAUUACAUACAUGGCAUCAAAAACUAUACUUCAAAAUAAAAUCUUGUUAUGUGUUUUUGUCUUUGUUGUAGCAUAUAUAGAGUUGUCUGAAGAACAACAUGAGCAAUGCAGAGUAAAAAGAUUACCUGGCCAACCAAAUAUUCCUCUUUCACAAUUUUCAGGCUAUAUCACAGUUAAUGAAAGUCAUGGGAGGAACCUUUUCUAUUGGUUCUUUAUGGCUCAAUCUCAGCCAACCAAAAAGCCCCUUCUCCUCUGGCUCAAUGGAGGCAAUAUAUAUUAACCAACUGCCAUUCUUUUCUUCAUUUUUUUGUUUGAGCUAAUAUAGUAACUUUAGAUUAUUGCAUGCAUGGUGAUAAUUAAAAGGUUUGUAUAGUAAAUUUGCAGAUUAUUUUUUUAAUUAUUUUUGUGAAGGACCUGGAUGCUCAUCAAUUGGAUUUGGAGAAGCUUUAGAAUUGGGGCCUCUUAGAGUUGUCGAAAAAGGCCUUGAAUAUAAUCAUCAAUCUUGGCACAAAGAGGCCAAUUUGCUGUUUGUAGAAUCACCAGUUGGGGUUGGGUUCUCAUACACCAACACACCAAAUGAUUUCAACAAUAUGGAUGACAAAUUUGUUGGUCAUUAUGUGCCUCAGCUGUCUGAACUUGUGUAUGACAGGAACAAGAAUACGAAUAAAUAUCCAUAUAUCAAGUUCAAAGGAUUUAUUGUAGGAAACCCUGAAAUUAGUGACGAAUUUGAUAAAAAAGGCGCACUCGACUUCGCGUGGGGCCACGCGAUUAUAUCAGAUGAAAACUAUUAUGUGGCAAAAAAGUCGUGUGAUUUCAGUAAUGAUGACUGGUCAGACACGUGCUAUGACGCCAUAAUUAUGAUGUGGGAACAGUAUAAAGACAUGGACAUUUACAACGGAAAUUUAUUCGGCCGCUUAUCGGCGAGUUAUGAUCCGUGCUCUCUCGUAUCCCUAUACACUAGAAAGUACUUCAACAGGAAAGACGUUCAAAAGGCACUUCAUGUUAAUGGACCACAUGUAAAAUGGCAAGAAUGCAAUUAUACUAUGUCUGGAACAACAUACAACCGCUCCAUUUUUUCCGUGUUGCCGAUAUACAAGAAGCUCAUCAAUGUAGGUCUGAAGAUAUGGAUGUAUAGUGGGGACGUAGAUGCUCGUGUCCCAUUCUUAGGUACAAGAUACUGUGUGGAAAAUCUUAACCUAACACUCAAAAGUAAUUGGACUAAUUGGUAUUGUGAUCAUCAGGUAGCAGGAAAGAUGGUGGAAUACGAAGGCUUGACGUAUUUAACCGUGAAAGGGGCAGGCCAUUCGGUGCCUUCUGACAAGCCGAACGAGAGCAGAGCCUUAAUCCACUCUUAUUUGACCGGUCAACCUCUUCAAACCCACAAAUGACAGAGGGUCGUCGAGUCAAUACAAAUCUUAUAUUUUCAAUAAUGAUAAUAAUCACGUACAAUAAUGAUGUUCUUAGAAAUAUAAGUACUAAGUUUUAAUUCAACGAAUAAUUGUCAUUCUGGAACUGAUUAAGACAAAAACACUACCGAAGAUCAACAAUGCAAACAUCGUUUGUGAUGUAGCGCAGUGUAUUUUCGAGGAAGACAAGUAUGAUCUCCUCUCUAUUGCAAUUUGAGAAUUGACAAAUGAAUGUAACCAAUAUUUUCAGUUCACUAGCCGUGUGUGCAUCAAAGGAUCAUGUAAUGAUAAUGUUUUCAAUAAAUGACAUGUACUGUUUUUCUUUUCUUUUGUUACGAGAAUGAGC